GUUAGAGGGGAUCACGAAUUCGACGGAGAUUCACGGACAUAGUUACUGACACACGUUUGUUCGCGAUCAGAGGUAUGGAACAGCUUAAGGUGACCGUUCUAUUUGACGGAAGGUGGAAUACAGAAAAGAGGGUUUUAGCACACUCUAGUCAUGGACUUUUGCUUGAAGCUGAUGGAUCAUAUAGUAAUUUGUUGUUUGGACUACGAGACACUACUACAUUUUUUGAUCUAAUUCUGAAGGAGCGACUCUUCAUCUACUAUGGCAACGCCGACGGAAAAGUAGAGCAGCAGUGUGGAAUUGCCGGUAGGAGACGCAGAGACUAUGUCACGGUUGAGUGGAUUUGCCGAUUAUUGGUCAAGGAUAUAGAGAGCUUUGAUGUUUCAGACCUUAAGGACUUUGAAAUAGAGAGCUUCGAUACACCUUGUUUAUGGCACAAACGCACAAUCCCGUUCCUUAGAGACCUACUCUAUAAUCUCGGCCGCGACUAAGAAGUCGACAGUGGACGCUAGGUCGGUAGAACACUUCGGGAACAGGUGGCACCGCAGUCGGGUGAGGAGAUAUCUGACCUCUGAAGACUAUGCAACUCCUGAAGCAAUCUCAAAGCCAUGGUAUGGGUUGCCUAUGCUGUUGAGAAAAUAUCCUGAAUAUUUUGUCAUCAAUACACAUUCCAAGGGAUGUGUGGUGUUGGAAUUUGUUUCUCUUGUCUCAC